ACAGGGAGAAACAGAAUGUCAACAAAUGCAGCAACAGUAGAAAGAAAGCCCAAAUGGCAUCCAAUUCCACCACCACCACCAAGUCCCAAAAUCCUCAACUUACCUAGGAGAAAUCGCCAUCGCAAACAGCACAAAAAACCCACCAAGAAACCAUAUUGUUCCAGCCAUGUAUCGUUACUAGACUUGCACCAGAAGAAUUACUACAGUGAGACUGGAAAAGGGAAACUUGAGAGGUUAUUUGGCCAGGAAAGGGAGUUUUCGAGAAGUGGUUGCAGUAAUAGUGUGCCUAUAAUUGUGUUGAACUCAUCUGCAGCAUCAUCAUCAUUAUCAGGUGGAAGAAGAGACAGAGUUGUAGAAGAAGAAGAAGAAGAAGAGGAAGACGAAGAAGAAAAAGAAGAAGUAGGAGGAGAAAGAAUGUCUGGUGAAUUUAUGGAGGAAAAGUGGAAGUUUCAGGCUGAGAUUUUGAGGGCUGAGUGUAAUUUUUUGAGGAUGGAAAGAGAGGUUGCUUUGAAGAAGUUGGAGAGAAAUCGAGCUCAGAUGGAGAGGACUCUUCGAUCAGCUGUUCAAACUCUAAUAUCUGGAAAAAAGAAAAUUUUUGAAGGGAAGAAUGUAAAUGCAGUAUUGGAAGAAGAAAUUGAGGAACUAGCAGAGAAACUGGAAGAGUUGCAGAAGAGCUCAGGACUUGAGGACCUUGAGGUUAGGAACUGUAACAAUUUUGAUAAACAGGCAUGUCUUUUGCAGCGCCGACUAGAGAAGAUUGGUGGUUUGUCAGACAAUAAAUAUGUUGAAGAAUUGCAAGAAUUAGCUGAACCAAGCUUAUCCAUAAGCAAUGAAGUUGGCAAUGGGAGCUGUGUUUUGGAUUCCAGGAGCAAUAAAUCCAUUGAUGAAUCAGUAUCACAUGAAGAUGCCAAAUGCACAGGACGUUGCAAGGCUGUAGUACGCAGAAUUGUAGAGCAAGUGAGAGCUGAGACUGAACAGUGGUCCCAAAUGCAAGGAAUGCUACUGCAGGUGAGGAAGGAGAUGGAAGAACUCCAGAACUCCCGCAAAUUUUGGGAAGACCAGGCACUCAAUUCUGAUCGUGAAGUUCAAUGCCUGCAAUCUUCUGUGCAAGAAUGGAAAGAAAAAGCUCUAAGGUUGGAAACCAAGGCUAAGGCAACCGAAACAGAAUUGGCAGAUCUUAAAGUGGUGCUUGAGAAACUGAAGACUGCACAAGCCAUAGAACAAUGCCGAGUUGUAAUCAACGAUCACAUUACACCUCUUGCCUCCAUAAGUGAACAACUCAGAAAGGAAAAUCACGCACGGGGUCAUAUCCUGAAGAAAAACCAUCUUAAUGUACAUAAAGCUUGUAGGGAAGAGAAUGCCAGGGAAAUGUUGAUAGCGAAGCAAAAUGGUGAAAUCAUGGCAAGUAACGAGUCUUUGCCACUCCCCCUAGGGAAGCAACUUGAAAAAGAGAAACGGAUGCUUCGUCGCUUAAAAGAAAAGUGUCGUACAACCACUGACGGCAGGAGAAAAUUACAUACGUACAACAGUGGACUUGCAACGUUGAAGCGUUCCCCAUUCGAUGACAUUGGGAACUUGUCAGAAUUGUAAAACUGCUUUUAUUUGUAAACUUUUCUCGUUUUCGUAGCUACCUUGAGUCUUAGAGAGAUUAUAAGCUUAUCAUUUGUGUAUGGAGUGAGAGAUGGGGAUUUGUUUAGAGAACAGAUUUAUUUAUUUUUUUGGUCAGGAUAGGAAUUGAAAAUUUUCCAACGUAUUAGCACUAAAAUAAACCGA